CAACCAGUGGAAAGUCGGUGACAGGGUAUGUGCUCUUCUUGGUGGUGGAGGCUAUGCAGAGAAAGUUGCAGUGCCAGCUAGGCAGGUUUUUCCUGUUCCACCUGGCAUUUCUUUGCACGAUGCAGCCAGUUUCCCUGAAGUGGCUUGUACGGUUUGGUCAACUGUAUUUAUGACUAGCCAUCUAUGCUCCGGGGAAACUUUCUUGAUACAUGGGGGCUCUAGUGGAAUUGGUACAUUUGCCAUUCAAAUGGCCAAGUACGUUGGAGUGAAAGUAUUUGUCACAGCAGGAAGCGAGGAAAAGCUUGCUGCUUGCAAGGAUCUUGGAGCAGACGUUUGCAUAAAUUACAAAACUGAGGACUUUGUCACCCGUGUGAAUACAGAAACAGGCGGAAAAGGUGUUGAUGUUAUAUUGGAUAACAUUGGAGGGCCAUACUUUCAGAGAAACAUUGACAGCCUUAAUGUUGAUGGGAGGUUAUUCAUCAUUGGCUUCAUGGGAGGCACUAUUACAGAGGUGAAUCUUGCAGGUUUGCUUGCAAGACGCCUCACGGUUCAAGCUGCUGGAUUAAGGAACAGAAGUGGGGAGAACAAAGCAUCAAUAGUGAGCGAAGUGGUGAAGAAUGUUUGGCCUGCAAUCGGCGAAGGAAAGGUCAAACCUGUGGUCUACCAGCAUUUCCCCUUGGCCGAGGCAGCAGAGGCUCACCGGCUGAUGGAGAGCAGCAAUCACAUUGGCAAAAUUCUCCUCACUGUUUCUUGAACAGCUGCUAUCAUGUAAUGCUACUCUCAAGUCUUAAUGUGCGUUCAGUUCUUCAUCUUAAUAAAUAAAAGAGAAUCUCUUCUUUCUUUGGACUAUUUUCUCACUGUACAAAAUGCAAUCUGCACUUGUGACAAUGUGAACCCAGUCUAGGUCCCACCUAGGGUGUUAAUCAAUGUUAAGUCACAGAGAUUUGGUGUAGAAAAUAUUAUUGAUAUAUUAGAAAAUAAGAAGAAUACAAGCCGAGACCAAUUUUCC